ACGUCGCAACUGCGAAAUCGCAAGUAAAAUCGCACCUAGUGAAGAUGGGCUGUACAAUAAUCAGAAAAGCAGCAUGGUCCAUCCGUUGAUGCAAGCCUUUUGUCUUCUUGUGGUGUCAUCAUCGCACGUCUGCAUUGACGCUGAUCAAAAUGAGUUUGUACCUCGAGACUUAGACGUCGUGAUUGGUAUUCUACGUCACGGUGACAGAGCACCACUGGGGACAUUUCCGACUGACCUGAACCCGAACAGCACGUACUGGAAAUACGGCUAUGGGAAUCUCACCGAUCGGGGUAUACAAACCAUGCGGAACGUCGGCAAAUACCUCCGGGAACGUUAUCAAGGUUUCUUGACGGAUGACCCCGAAGAAACACAGGUCCGAAGCAGCUUCUCAUAUCGGUGCGUCAUGAGUGCACUUCUUCUGCUAGAGGAACUCUACCCGUCCAAAUCGCCCGAUGAAUCCAAUCUGGCAAGAAUGCCCGAGCAUAACGAUAAGUAUACGUUAAUUUGCGAGCCUCAAAUCAAGAAGCAAUUAUCCAAGCUGCUGGAUCCAUUGAGCGGCUUGCUGGACCUGACCUGGUUCCUUAUUAGAGCCGCACAUGAGCUCGGACUUUCUUUAUUGAGUGACGCAACCAUGGUUCUAGAAGGCCUCGACGCCAUACAGGUUCAGAAGGAGUACGGCUUAAGCAUCCCAAGCUGGUUCGAGGAUCGACUCGAUCUGGUAUCCUACAAUUCUCGAAGGCUCUACGCCCUUAUUGCGCAAGCGUUAAUAAGGAACAUGGGAGGUGAACUUCUCAGGGACAUUUCCACGCUCCUCGAGGACCGAUAUCAGCUUGCAGGGAACAACUCUGAGAACGCUCCUGUUGCCAUCCCAGGACUACAGAACGCGACGCGCCAUAGCAAAUUCCUGCUUUUCUCUUAUCACGACCUGAAUAUCAUGGCAACUCUGGCGGCUCUGAACGAAACGUUUUCCCAAAGACCAAGUUAUGGCUCUUUGGUGCUCUUCCAGGUGACGAAAAAAGAUCAGAGUGAACCCGAGAUCACGAUCCUGUAUAGAAAUGGGACGGCAGGACCCGAGGUGUUCCCGAUAGUUGGCUGCCCUGUGCCAUGCAGCGUAAACAAAUUUAUCGAAGUUGUUAGGGAUCAGUUUCCCGAAGCGUUCACGGCAGAAUCCUGCGGAUUACCCAGCAACUAUACUAUUUUGUAGACGCACGUUUGGAGGAGCAAACAAAACUGGAAGUAUGCAAUUUGUGAGAAACUAUUGAAUUAAACAUUGCGAGCAUUACCAA